AUCUGCUUUUCGACUAGCCAAUUGCCUAAGUUUUACUUAUAUAACAGCCAUAAUUUCCCCGUAAUUUAAUUUUAAGAAGUAAUUGCACAGGCAAAUUCGAUAAUCAACCACCCCCGCCAGCGGUCGAUAGUCAGCUGGUAUCGAUCACUUGUUUACAACCUCUUUUCGCAAUGUUUACAACGUAGGCAAGUUCGCGGUGAAAAAACUAAGAUUAGUGCUACUAGGAGCGAGGAACUGGAAAAUGUGGAGCGAGCUCAGCUAAGGGAAGCACCCACCUACCACCCACAAUAGUCCACCCACACCGGAGCUCAAAUGCUGCCCACUUACGAGCGAUUCAGCGAUCCCAAGAGCGUCUUUUUCCGGCUUCCCUUCGCGAGAUUGGCCCUGCUGGCGCUCAGUUUGCCCCUGGGAGGCUUCUUCUUCUGCGUCAUCUGGUCGCUGAGUUUUGACUUUGUGCGGAGCACCUACACCCACUGCGAUGUGACCAACUACCUGCCCUCCGUCUCGGCGGCCAUCGGGAACUAUGAGCCGCAGAAGACCGUGUGGCGCCUGGCCAUCUUCCUGCAUUUGCCACUCCGCCUGGCGGUGGCCAAGAUCUAUCUGGAGCACUACAGGGAGCACAUCCGCCGCAGCAGGAGGCUGCUGGGCAUCCUGGCCUGCUUCCUGAACGUCGUCGAGGAUCUGGCCCUCUUCUGCCUGUCCUUCUGGACUUCUGCGGAUAAUUAUGAGACCCACAGGAACGCCUUUGUGGUGUUCAUCGCCUGCUCCGAGUGCUAUAUGCUGAUGUCCUACCUGCUGAACAGGAAUAUCCGGAAGACCGUGCUCCUGCCGCACGAGGAGAAGUCGCUGCGGUACAAGCGGAACCUCUUCCUGGUGAAUGUGGUGGCCUUCGGACUGGCGGGAUACUGUUUCGUGCGGCACAACUCGCACUGCGAGGCGGGAGUGUACACCUUCUUCGCCUUGUUCGAGUACAUCGUGGUGCUGACCAACAUGGGCUUCCACAUGACCUCCUACUGGGACUUUUACGCCCUCAACGUGGUGUGCGAUGCCAAGCACGGCCUUUACCUAUCCCAAAUCUAGAUAAAUUCAAUAUCAAUAUAAUCCAGCCAGUCGCCCCCGAGUAUUCUGUACAUACGCGGUAUUUAGCUUAAGCUCAAAGUUUACUUAAUUUUAUCGAGGGAUUCAGACAGGAAACGAUUCAGUAUGACAGGAUCUGAUGCAUACACACGCUUUUUAGUUAGGGCUUUAACACGAUUUUAUGUAGGAUUUAAAAGUGUCUGAAGGAUUUAGUUAAAUUCGAACCGAGUUCCAUGAUUUAUACACAUAUGCUCUUAAUUAAAAACAAGUCUUUAUUAAGGUUCUAUUUAUACACUCUAAAAUUUGCAAUUGUCUUUAUUGUUCUGUUAUUUUUAAGCAAAAAAUUGUAUUUAUUCUGAUUCCGAUAAAUGGCGUUUAUGAAAUUUUGUAA